GUGUGUGCCUGUCUCUCAUCCUUUCUUUUUUCUCUCCCUCCCUCUCUCGCCUGCACCCCGUGUUGCAUGUGGCUGCCCCAGGGAGUAAAGGGCCAACCAGGCGAGAAGGGGGCCCCAGGAGAUGCCGGGAUGUCCAUCAUCGGUCCCCGCGGCCCCCCUGGUCAGCCGGGCACUCGAGGUUUUCCUGGAUUUCCGGGUCCCAUUGGGCUAGACGGCAAACUGGGCCACCCCGGACCAAAAGGGGAGAUGGGCCUGAUGGGUCCCCGAGGACAGCCGGGACCUCAAGGACAAAAAGGAGAAAAGGGUCAGUGUGGAGAGUACCCACACCGGCUGCUGCCUCUCCUCAAUUCAGUGCGACUGGCUCCACCCCCAGUCAUAAAAAGGCGGACCUUCCAGGGUGAACAGGGCCAGGCUGGCAUCCAAGGCCCACCAGGGCCACCAGGCCCCCCUGGACCGAGUGGACCUCUGGGGCACCCAGGACUUCCGGGGCCCAUGGGGCCACCUGGCUUUCCUGGGCCUCCUGGACCAAAGGGAGAUCCAGGGAUCCAGGGCUACCAUGGCCGGAAGGGAGAACGGGGCAUGCCAGGGAUGCCGGGCAAACAUGGAGCAAAGGGGGCUCCUGGAAUCUCUGUGGCUGGGGAGAAGGGUGAGCCAGGGACCCCAGGAGCCAAGGGUGAGAAGGGGGCUGCCGGCUCCCCGGGGCUACUUGGCCUCCUGGGGCAGAAGGGAGAGAAAGGCGAUGCUGGCAACUCCAUUGGCGGAAACAGAGGGGAGCCCGGCCCUCCAGGGCUCCCUGGGUCCCCAGGGCCAAAGGGAGAAGCUGGUGUCAAUGGCCAGGCCGGCCCCCCAGGACGGCAGGGAGACAAGGGGGAGCCUGGAGCGGCUGGAGAACAGGGACCAGCUGGCCCCAAGGGCUCCAAGGGAGAACCAGGGAAAGGAGAGAUGGUGGAUUAUAAUGCAAACAUCAACGAGGCUCUCCAGGAGAUCCGGACGCUGGCCUUGAUCGGUCCCCCUGGUCUUCCGGGGCAAAUUGGCCCACCUGGAGCUCCAGGGAUCCCAGGCCAGAAGGGGGAGAUUGGACUUCCAGGCCCUCCCGGACACGAUGGGGAAAAGGGACCUCGAGGCAAACCAGGAGACAUGGGCCCUCCUGGUCCCCAAGGCCCCCCAGGAAAGCCUGGGCCGGCAGGAAUCAAGGGAGAAGAUGGACACCCGGGGAGCCUGGGAGAGAAGGGGGAGAAAGGGGAGACGGGGCAGGCAGGCCCACCGGGUCUAGAUGGCCCAACUGGGGAGAAAGGAGAACCAGGUGGCCAAGGGAGACCCGGAGCGACAGGAUUGCCUGGCCCUAUUGGGCUCCCGGGAUUUACAGGAGAAAAAGGAGAACCCGGGGAGAAAGGUGACCCAGGAGUGGAGGUACCUGGGCCAGCAGGGCCAGAGGGGCCUCCCGGACCUCCGGGGCUCCAAGGCAUUCCUGGACCAAAGGGGGAAGCAGGACUAGCUGGAGCAAAAGGAGAGAAGGGUGUCCAGGGAGAAAAAGGAGACCGAGGUCCUCUGGGAUUACCCGGUACUCCAGGACCAAUUGGAGUUCCAGGCCCAGCGGGACCAAAGGGCGAGAGGGGCAGCAAAGGCGACCCUGGGAUGACAGGACCAACGGGAGCAGCUGGGCUUCCUGGUUUACAUGGACCACCCGGGGACAAAGGAAACCGGGGGGAGAGGGGGAAGAAAGGCUCUAGAGGGCCUAAAGGGGAUAAGGGAGACCAAGGAGCGCCUGGAUUAGAUGCCCCUUGUCCAUUGGGUGAAGACGGCCUACCAGUCCAGGGCUGCUGGAACAAGUGAAUGCCACUAAGCUGGGAUUGGCCUGUGUGUGUGUUUGUACAUAGAAUAUUUAUUUUUAUACAGUUUUCACUUUUUGAAAAUGCCAGACGUAUGAUGCAUCUUACAGAGUAUUAAAAAAAGAAAAAACUGCAUAUUUUGUACAGAAAAUACCAACCUCUUACCUUUUGUUUACAAGAUGUUUUUGUAUAAGUUCACGACUCUAAUACACUUCUUGUUUGUGAUACGGUCA